GGCGGCGGCCAGGUCAAAUUGAACGGUCAAAGAAUUGAGCUGGGAGAGGUCGAGCACGCUGUCCUUCGGACACCAGGGUGUCACGGGGCAUUUUCCACAAUCAUCUCCAAUGUCUUGGUAGCUUUUGCCGCAGUCGAAGAUGAAUUCACCCCGGGGCAGCGCGAGGCCAUCCUUGCCCGAUGCAGGUCCUGGUUGCCAGCCUUCAUGAUCCCCGCCGACAUUCAGAUAAUGCGACACUUUCCCCGCCUGCCCUCCGGAGCGAUUCAGAGAUGAAUUAGAGCGUCAGCUCUGCGAGAUGGCAGAGGCAAUCCUCGGACGACGUGCUGCUCCGUCCACCCACCUAGCCUCCCUCGGAUUGGACUCCCUAGGCGCCAUUGAAUAUUCAUGUCUCAUUAGAAGGCUCGGAAUUUUCGUCAGCCCUGUCGAGAUCCUGGAUGCGACAGCGGUCCGAGAGCUACACCGCCUAGUCGUUGGCCGACGCGAUAUAGUGAAACCAUUGGAUCAUAUCCGCUCUUCCGCGGAUGAUCGUGUGCGAACUCCCCUGAGACCCGAUGAUGCCAUGCCGCCGCACCUGGAGGAUGCGGAACGCAUAGAGAUAUGCACUCCCCUUCAGGAGUCAAUGGUCGCGGAGACCUAUAAAGACGCUCGACUGUAUGUUAAUCGCGUUGAGCUUCUAUUCCCGAGUCAUAUAAGCGCCAACGCUAUCGUAUCGUGGUUUUCGAUUCUCGCUCAACGCAACGAAAAUUUACGUGCUGGGUUUGUCUACGUCGGCCAUCAUUUGCGGCAAGUCGUUUGGAAACAGCUUAGAGAUGAGCAGAUGGAGGUCGUGAGCCAGGCUACUCAAUCUCUCGAAUGUGUCAAUGUCGAGGUUUUCCUCCGGCAUCCGUUCAAAGCUGAAAUCAUACUCGACAAUUCGCCUAGCCACCAUACGGUCAGGCUAACGCUUCACCACGCUAUAUAUGACGGAUGGACUAUGGAUCUCAUGCUCGAAGAUUUAUCUCUACUCGCACGCGGCCAGCCGCCGAUAGAAAGGCCCCAGUUCAGGCAGAUAACACAGCAUCUGUCCACCUCCAUGGAGGGCAGACUAAUGGACGCAAAAGAAUUCUGGGCAGAAAAGCUUCAGGAUUGGGUACCGGCACCGUUCCCAAAUUUUAAAACAGUAGCCGUCUUCAACCCUGAAAUUACGUCGAUCUCUAGAGAGAUUCAGGUAAAUCCUAGACAAGCAAGGGACUUUGCGCUUAGCUCUUCUAUCGGCCCUCAAGUCGUGUUCCAAGCCUGUCUAGUUUGGCUCUGGGGGGCAGUCAACGGUGUCCAAGACACGCUCAUCGGCUCCGUAUCAUCUGGUCGAACUCGUCCGGUAGCAGGGAUCGAAAAGAUAAUGGGUCCCUGCAUGUCAACUCUUCCCCUCAGAAUCAAUUUGAAACAAUACAAGACCAUCGCCGAUCUCCUGCAGGGUAUCCACCUAUAUAAUCGGGAGGCCCUAAGACACGAUACCCUUCCCCUAGUCGGCAUGAAACGGGUGGCAGGAGUUCCUCACGGUCAAAAACUUUUCGAAUUAAUAUUCGCGUACCAAGAAACACUCUACAGUCGGAAGAAAAACAACGACACAAUUCGCGAACUAUGGCAUAGGGACUCGGUUGAGGCCAAGCUCCUCGUCGAGAUUUCACCUCUCGAUGAUCGAUUCUCGUGCCAGCUUACGUGGCAUUCGGACGCUUUUUCGGAGUCCCAAGUGGACUCCCUUUUCGGCCAUCUAGAAUGCCUAGUCAAUUAUUUUUUUCAAAAUGGAGAGAAGGAACUUGAAAGCAUCUCGCGUUGCUUCCCUACGGCCAGCUUAUCCCAUUACAAUCAGAACCCCAAGCCUCAAGAGGUGCUUCCAAGUCUAGCCGCACUAGUAGAGAGAACGGUGACGAGAUUCCCAACUUACGAUGCCUUGUGUUUCGCCACAUCGACCACCGCCGCCAAUUCCCAGGGCUGUACCUUGACGUAUCGGGAGUUGAAUGCCAGAGCGAACCAAAUAGCUAGAUACUUACGUGAAUCCGGCGCUGUCCCUGGCAGUGUCAUCGCAUUGGUCAUGGAAAAGUCACCGCUGUUAUAUUGCACGAUCCUGGGGAUAGUAAAGGCCGGUUGUGCGUAUCUUCCCGUCCUUCCCACCACACCCUUCGAGCGUAUACUACUGAUUCUCGAGCAGGCGCAACCCCAACUCUGUCUCGUCGACGAUACCUCGCCGCGACAAAUCUCCGAAGCCGUUAUCAACCUCGAACGCUACACGCUUCUCCACGACUAUCCUGACUCCGACGUCGAAGUGCCCGAUGCAGAUCCGUCACACCUUGCCUACGUUAUAUACACGAGUGGAACCACGGGGACCCCGAAGGGGGUAUCUGUCACGAAUGCGAAUCUACUCAGCAAUAUUGAGGUCCUGUCCCGGAUCUACCCUCACAACCCUUCCGACCGCAUGUUGCAAGCUUGCUCCCAAGCGUUCGACGUAUCUGUUUUUGAGAUAUUCUUCUCAUGGGGCAACGGCAUGUGUUUGUGCGCUGCCACGAAUGACACACUAUUUGAAGAUAUCGAAAAGGCCCUACAGACGAUGAAAAUUACUCACCUGAGCAUGACAGUCACUGUGGCUUCCCUCGUCGAACCCGACCGCGUGCCUACUGUCAAAUUUUUAGUUACAUCGGGUGAGCCAAUGACAGAUAAAGUACUAGAGCGUUGGGCAGAUCAGCUGUGGCAAGGUAAACGCGAUAAAAAGAUCUCGUCGGAGGGCAAUUCUAACAUACGAAACGUAGGCUACGGGCCGUCCGAAACGACAAAUAUUUGUACAGUGAGGAAGGUUGCGCGGCAGGACUCGUGCCAAUAUCUGGGGUGGCCUUUCGAGAAUACUUCAGCUUUCGUCUUCUCGCCAAGUACCGAGGAGCUAGUCCCUCUCGGCUGUGUCGGUGAGCUAUGUUUUGGGGGCGACCAGGUUGCCGCGGGUUAUCUUGGAAUGCCUGAGGCGACAGCUGCCAAGUUUUUCGAACAUCAUGAGUACGGGCGCUUGUACCGAUCAGGGGACGUCGGUCGCAUGCUCCCCGAUGGCUCUCUCAUUAUUCUUGGCAGAAUGGACACCCAGGUGAAGCUCCGCGGGCAGAGGAUCGAACUCGGAGAGAUCCAGGCGACCGUGCUAAAGAGCGGUUUCGCCAAUGCCUGCGCAAGCUUGCUAGUAACUCUUGAGGGCUCUUCCUCUCAGCAACUUGCCUUAUUUUACGUCCCUCUUACCCAGAUGUCUCUGAGAUUCAGUAUUCUUCCGCUAACAACAUCUACACGGCAGACGGUUAUGGAGCUGCAUCAGACACUUCACGCGGCCCUACCAGCGUAUAUGGUGCCAUCCUUCAUCCUUCCCAUAUCCUCCCUACCGAUGACAUCGUCCGGGAAAGUGAACUAUGGCCUAUUACGUCGCGCUAUUACUGAGGUAUCUGCUGAAGUGCUAAGCAUAUGUAGCUCGGCGCAAGAUCUCGCUGAUCAAGACUCUCUCGAGUGGACCGAGUCCGAGAUAUUGAUAUCCAAAGCCAUUUCGGAGACUUUCAAUCUCGACACGAAAGUAGUUCGCCGCUGGAGUUCAUUCGCUUCCCUCGGCAUAGAUUCAGUUUCCGCAAUGGCCCUUGCGCGGAGAUUGCAAGCACUAUUUCGAAAGCGCAUACCCCUAUCUCUCAUCCUUCAAAACCCCACAGUCGGAAGGCUAGCCAUUGCCAUCAACAGUGAUGCCGCGCCGCCUGUGACAGAGGUCAAUGCUACCUUAUUACCAACGUCACUUGUAGAUACGGUACUCGCGCGCUUUGCCACAGACUGGGGGGAGAAGGGCGUAGGAACUGUUCUGCCAUGUACUCCGUUACAGGAAGCAAUGCUUUCGGUGCCACAGUCGUCCAAUGUUGAGACAUCUUAUUGCAACCAGAUGGUUUUUCAACUGCGAAUGUCAUCCUCUAUCAUAUCAAGGCAUUGGGACAGGAUGUUUGAACGCCACGGGAUCCUGCGAACAUGCUUCGUGACGACCGAAGACCCUCGAUUCCCGUUUGUUCAGGUAGUUCUUGAGAAGCCUCACUUCCCUUUAUGGCAAACAUUUGAUGUAGACGAUGCCAGCUUUCAAGAGCAUAUCCUCAAUCACAAGAUGUCCCUUCCGGUACCAGUUGAUUCCGGCAAGCCCCCAGUUUCGCUCGCCUUAUUUUCCUUGGGAGGUUCUACCGAGUAUAUGUCAUUCGUCUGCCAUCACGCUAUAUAUGACGGAGUUUCUGCAAGGAGUCUACUAGCAGAGGUUGAAGCAGCAGUGCGUCACGAGCCGCUGCCAAUUAUGCCUACCUUCGACUCGUUUCUCCGAGAAUCGCUUCCUUUGGUUGCUGGUGCGGAUGACUUUUGGGCGGAGCAAUUCCGUUCUUUCUCUCCUUCUCGCCUCGGGCAACGAUCGUAUAGCCACGAUACUAAUCCAAGGAUGGUAUCUGCGAAGCUAUCUACCCACUCGCUUUCUUCUCUAACAGCAGGACUGCGGGAUCUGGGUGUAGCACUAUUGCCGCUUUUCCAAGGAGCAUGGGCGGUAACCCUAUCACUCUUCCAGCAAACCAAAGACGUAUGCUUUGGGAAUGUAGUGAGCGGGCGUUCUAUCUCCUUAGAGCAGGUCGAUAAGCUCAUAGCGCCAUGUUUCAACACGGUACCGAUUCGAAUGAAUCUAUCCCAUGCUAAUUUCUUUCUUGAAGUUGUGAAAAAGUUCCAACAUUUGAACACUGAGAUGAUACCGUAUCAAUUUUCCAGCAUUCGUCAUAUACAGUCGUCGCUUCAGCUCUCGACUCUUUUCGACACCGUCCUCCUCCUUCAGCCGCCACCGGAGCCUCUAGACGAGACCAUCUGGACGCUGGAGCUGGAACAAGGAGCAAUGGAUGUCCCUCUCGUGUGCGAGAUCACUCCUUUAAAGCACAAAGACGCCGUCCUGCUACAACUACACCGCAACCCAUUGAUUGUCUCCUAUCAAACUUCGGGAUUCAUUCUGAGUCUCUUCCAGCAUGUUCUCAACACUUACCUGGACCACCCUUCUUCUCACAUCAUUUCGACUUCCCAACUACCCACCCAGUGGCAAAGGGAGAUCGUGCAAAUGUCCGUAUCACACGAUACAAUCCGCGAGACGGCUCACACGGCGUUAGGACCGCCUGGCGAGAAGUGGACUGAUGCAGAAAGAAAGGUUCGUUCAGUGUUAUCACGAUUAGUGAAUGUACCGGAGGAAAGAAUUGGGCGCCACACACCGAUAUACCGUUACGGCUUGGACAGCAUAGGCGCUGUUCAGUUCGCCACUCUCCUUCGCCGAGAAUCCUGUCCUGUUGCCGCGGUGGAUGUGAUACAAAACCCAACCUGCGCAGGGAUCGCUUCUCAAUUGACCUCUCGAGGUGGUAGAGAGGUGGCACCGGCCUACGAUUUUGAUAGCUUUCGGAACGCUGUCGCCGGGGACCUACUAACAAAGAUAUACGAAGCGAUAUUACCUUGCACAUCGUCACAGCAGGGCAUGAUCUCCCGGUUCCUCAACUCAGGAGGAGCGGACUACUUCAACUACAUAAGCUGGUCCUUGGAUGCCGAAAUCAGCCUCGAAAAGCUCGCCACAGCGUGGAGGCAACUGGCCGCCCGCCACCAGAUACUCCGCACCGGAUUUGCAACAGUCAAUCACCGAGACAGCUCGUACGCAAUGGUAGUUUACCCCGAGGCAGAUUUCGCCCCGCCGGUAUCCAUCUGCCAGUCCAAUUCGUUUGAUAUUUUGGAAUGGCGUGCAGGCGCCUCUUCCAAGGCUUUUUCGGAAUUACUUUCACAACCACCCUGGCAGGUUCUCCUCCUAGAUGAUGGGUUUGGGCAGCGAUCAAUGCAUCUUGGAAUUCACCAUGCCUUAUAUGAUGCGGUUUCGCUACACAGAUUACUCUGUGAUCUCGCAGAGACUCUUUCAGGGACGGUUGGAGAGAAAGUGCAGCCGGUUCUGCCUGUCUUGUCGGCCCAACUCGAUACCACGCAUUGUCAGUCGGCUUCGGAGGCAUUCUGGAAAGGAAAGGCCGAGAACUUCGUUUUCAACAAAUUUCCAACAAUGACGCCCCUCCGUGUCGUAAGCGGCGUUGUUUUGACGACUUCCAGGCUAUGCGACGCCAACCGACAGAUUAUCCGCCGUCAUGCUAGCGAAGCAGAUAUGACGGUGCGCGCCGCGUUGCAAGCGGCUUGGACACGCGUAUUAUCUGUGUACCUCGGGGAGAGGUCCGUUACAUUUGGCAUUGUUCUUGACCGUCGGACUACCGAUGACGAGAGGAGAGUAAUAUUUCCGACAGUCGCAACCCUUCCCAUCAUCGCCCAAAACUUGGAGUCCAACGCGGAGCUAUUGAAGUACAUGAUGCAAUACAACACUAGCCUACGGCAAUAUGAAGGGACCCCUCUUCCCCAAAUACAACGGUGGUUUGGUAGAUUAGACCAUCAGAUCUUCGACACGAUACUGGCUUACCACGCCGUUCCCGAAACAGAACCUAUGCCAUGGGAGGUAAUAAGUGAGCUGGCAUCGGUAGAAUACGCAGUCGCACUGGAAGUGGUCGAGACAGCCACGGGCAGGCUCAAGUUGAACAUGACACACAACACAGAUACUCUUCCUGCAGAGCAAGCACAUAUAAUGCUUUGCCAAUUUGAAGCCGUGCUCAUGAACCUGCUGGAAUUUCCUCGAGGCCACGUUGACGAACUCGCCGAUUGUAUCCCUGACCUCUUCUCCAUCAUCCCCGCAACCCACGAAUACCUGCCUUCGCCCGUGGGGCUAUUGCACCAGCUUGUAGAGCAAACCGCUCAGCGCACCCCUACCGCCACCGCCCUCGAGUUCGUCGAAGAGCUCGGAGAAACUGUUCGUCGACGAAGUUGGACCUACCAAGAGUUGAACGAGAUGGGGGAUAGAGUGGCUAAUAUGCUCCUAGAGAGCAACACGCCCCCUGGUAACAUUGUUGCUACGUGUUUUAACAAGUGUCCUGAGGCGUACUUUUCGAUUCUCGGCGUUCUCAAGGCGGGUUGUGCGUUCCUGUCACUCGAUCCCGGGGCCCCUGUAUCAAGACUAGAAUUCAUCCUGAGCGAUUCGACAGCUGCUUGCCUACUCACCGAAGACAGUAGUUUAAUCCUCAAUUCCACAAUCCCAAUGCACGUGGUCGAUGAAAGAAAUCUCUUAGAUUCCUCUGCACCAUUCUCGACACGGCCCUCUAUAUCUCCGUCAGAUACAUGCUAUUGUCUAUAUACAAGUGGUACCACUGGAACCCCGAAAGGGUGUCUAAUCAGUCACGAUAACGCCGUCCAAUCGAUGCUUGCGUUUCGGCAGCUCUUUUCCGGACACUGGGACAGCCACUCCAGAUGGUUGCAAUUCGCCUCGUUUCACUUCGACGUAUCAGUUCUUGAACAGUAUUGGAGCUGGUUCGUCGGCAUCACCGUGGUCUCGGCGCCUAAGGACCUCAUACUUAGUGAUAUAACUGCGACAAUAUCAAAGUUAGACAUUACCCACGUUGACCUGACGCCGAGUCUAGCAAGACUUAUCCAUCCCGACGAAGUGCCGAGCCUCUGCAAAGGUGUUUUCAUCACCGGUGGAGAGCAACUACGAGAAGAGAUCUUACAGAUCUGGGGGCCAAAAGAAGUAAUAUACAAUGCCUACGGCCCUACAGAAGCGACCAUUGGAGUUACAAUGCUUCAAAGAGUACCACACAACGGGAGAUCGUCUAAUAUCGGAACUCAGUUCCCAAACGUCGGUACCUAUGUUUUACAACCCGGCACAGAAGCCCCUGUCCUCAGAGGUGGCGUCGGCGAAUUAUGCGUGUCGGGAAGACUCGUCGGCAAAGGGUACCUCAAUAGAAAACGGCUCACCGAGGAACGUUUUCCCACCCUUAGGCAGCAUGACGAACGAAUCUACCGCACUGGUGACUUUGUCCGCAUCCUUUAUGAUAAUUCAUUCGAUUUCCUAGGGCGCAUAGAUGACCAAGUAAAGCUCCGGGGCCAGAGGCUGGAAAUUGGCGAGAUAAACCACGCGAUCAAGACUAGUCUCCCACAUCAAUUAGCUGACGUAGUAACUUCAGUUGUCAGGCGCACAGGGCAGGAUAGGGAUCUUCUCGUAUCCUUUAUUGCCCCAAUUACGAGCCCAUCUACAGACCUAAGAAUAUGCCUCGAAACGGAACUGUGCCAGGCAGCGCUAAAAGCUUGCAAGGCGCGUCUGCCCGGAUACAUGGUUCCUACCUAUGUUCUAUGCGUAUCAUUCAUCCCUCUAUCAACGAAUAACAAAGCAGACGUUAAGCUGUUAAAACAGCUUUUCGCGGACCUUUCUCAUCAACGUUUGCGGGAAUUUACAGCGGGUUCAGCUGGGAUCGAUAGAGCGCUGAGCGAGGCGGAGCAGUUUAUAUCCACCGCCAUAUCAACCGUCACGCAGAUCCCUGAUGUCGACGUGACUCCAUCGUCGUCAAUCUUCGAACUCGGAAUCGAUUCUAUCAACGUAGCGCGACUAGCCUUAAUCCUUCGGUCGCAAAGCUUCCCUUCUGCCAGUCCUUCAGUCAUUUUACGUCACCCUCAGAUAAGCAGCCUGUCUCGCGCUCUUCAACAAGGGGGCACUUUCACAACCAUUCGCCAUGUCCUCCAGGCCCAACAGUCCAUCCGUGCCAUCUAUCAUAGACACAUCAGCAUGGCUUGUAUUACACUGGGUAUUGAUAAGGACGAUGUAGAAUACAUCGCUCCCUGUACGCCGCUCCAGGAGGGGAUGAUCACUAGAUCCACGGCCUCCGGGACCCUGACCGCCUAUUUUAAUCAGUUCCAGGUUGACUUAAACACAUGGGUGUCCGUAACCCGUCUAAAGGAAUGCUGGGAUAGUAUAUUCGCACAAUUCGCCCUCUUGAGGACGGCGUUUCUCCCGACGUCCGACGGGCAUAUCCAGGUUGCCUUUAAACAGAAGUCCCUACGCUGGUUUGAAAUGGGUCAAAAGGGCGAUGAAAUUGAUACUUUCGCUUCUGAUCGCCGUGAACGUUGGAUCCUCUCCAACCGGGAGACAUUGCGCUACCCCAUGGAGAUUGACCAUGUUGAGUACGGUGAAAAGCACGUUCUUCUCAUCCGGCUUUUCCAUGCCGUUUAUGAUGGUCGCAGCUUUGAGCUCCUUCUUCGGACCGUGAAUUCGAAAUACCGCCACGAACUACCACCGUCCGGUCCUGCGUUUAUUGAAGUACUUCCUCACGGACCACUCUUGAGGUACGGCGGAUCCAGGCCGUUCUGGGAGAGAAGAUUUAAAGGGUGGAAGUUUCAACCACUACCAAUCCCCGCCGGUCAGUCGGGGGUAUCCGAGACCACCGUAUCCCGAGUCCUUCAGAUCGAGGGCUUGGAAACGCGGCGCGUCGCCCUCCAGGUGACACAUCAGGCAUUGCUUCAAGCCGUGUGGAUGGUCACGCUGCAUCAACACUUCGGAUUUGUGCCAACCAUCGGUAUCAUUUUUUCUGGGAGGUCUUUGGCUCUUGACGGCGUCGAAAAUUCGAUUGGUCCCAUCUUCAACACGUUGCCUUUCCGUGUAGAGAUCUCUCGACAUAAAACCUGGAGCUCGCUAAUCGCGGAAGUCCAGGAGCAUAAUGCCUCGGUGCUGGAAUUUGUUCACACGCCACUUCGUGAUAUACAGAAAUGGUGCUCAAAAGGACAGCCUUUGUUUGAUAGCCUCUUCGUUUUCGAACGGGAAGAUCCGCUCGCUGUAGGAGAUACAAAUCCUUUCUGGUCCUCCAUACAAUCUAUCGGGGUUGCAGACUACCCAUUCGCACUUGAGGUCACUCUGUUGCGAGACAAGUCCCUCAAGAUCAACGCUUUAUCUCGUCAAAACGGUUCUCCCAUCACCAACAUACUCCUAGACGAAUUCGCUAGGCUUCUCAUAGCACUAGCCUGUUCAAACAAUACUACCUCGCUUCCGAAAGAGCGCAUUCAAAGUGGCGCCCCUACACCCGCGAGACAGGAGUCACAUGACUUCACGCGUGCUGAAGGUGUUAGCACCUAUGAGCUUGUUAAGACGAAGCAUGGCCGGGAAAUUCAACGCGAAGUUGCUUCCCUAGCCGGGUUGCCAGACGGAGACAUUUCUGGAACGUCAAACUUCCUUGAGCUUGGUUUGGAUAGCAUCGAUCUCAUCAAGCUUGUAGCCAGGCUGAAAAGGCUUGGGUUACAUAUCACGAUCGGGGAAUUAUUAAAGGCCCCUACUAUCAAGAGCGUUCUCUUGUCGAACGAACGAGUGCAUACAUCUAGCCCCAGAAACGCCGUUGGAGCCACUGGCCUUGAAGUUUCAAAUGUGCUAUUGAGAGAUGCUCUAAAACAGGAUGGAAUGGAGCUUGCCCAAGUUACAACCGUCCUGCCACCAACCCCAUUGCAGGAAUCUAUGGUCGCGGAAAUGCUACUAUCGGGCUUCCGUCGAUACUUUAACCAUGAUGUGCUGGAAAUUUCUCCCGACGUCGAUGUCGAUCGACUACAGUUGGCCUGGAAAACCGUAUACGCCAACUCACCGAUCCUACGGACAACUUUCGCUGAGAUCCACAGCCCGCAAAUCGGGGCCGCGUUCUGUCAAAUCGUGCGAGAUGAACCUCUUACGUUUAACCCAGCCGUGGAACUACCCAGCCUGGAUCAGGUCGCGACGGUCAUCGACCAUGCCCGAAAUCGUGCACUGGCAAAGAACGGGAUGGCUGAUUUGUUCCAACUCACUUUCGCGACGACGCCCGAGAACCGCUAUCUCGUCCUUUCAAUUGCCCACGCUCUCUACGACGGAUGGUCACUCGACUUACUCCACAAGGACGUAAACGCAGCGUAUGAGGGCCAUUAUCACGCACGGAGCGAAUACGAGACGUUCCUUUCCCGUGUACUCUUGAAUACGGCAACCAUCGGCGAGAGGUUUUGGGCCGACUUUCUAACCGACGCCCGCUCUACCAUACUGGACCCGGAUGUGAAUCUAUCAGAAAAUGAAGAAGUCAUUCACCGAGCAGAAUUGGUGUCGGUAUUAAGUCGGGAGGAGAUGAAAGCGUUAUGCCGGAAGUACCGCAUCACCCCCCAGGUUCUAGCGCAGGGAUGCUGGGCGCCUGUGCUCGCUUCACUGUCGAGAUGCCUGGACGUUGUCUUUGGGGUAGUCCUAUCGGGUAGAGACACCGAUGAAUCUCGUGGAUUGCUAUUCCCAACCAUGAAUACCGUUCCCCUUAGGGUUGUGCUCCACGGCGACACGACAGAGUAUUUCAGCUACCUACAGGCUACGAUGUCGGAUAUCAUAGAGCACCAGCACUAUCCACUCCGAAAAGCCCAAAGGCUAGCACAGUUCCAGGGUGGCAAGCUUUUCAACACCCUUUUUCUCUUGCAGAACGUUAAAGACGACGAAAUGGCACAUAAUUCCAUACUCCACUCCGUUGACGCGUCGUCUGCCGUGGAAUACCCGAUAUGUGUCGAGAUGGAUAUCACGGAGAGCUCAAUUACGUGGCGCAUCGCCGGUGAUGGGCGAUAUGUCUCCGCGCAGGAUGCUCGUCGAAUAUUAGCCGACAUCGAUGAGGUUUUGCGGUAUUUUGGUAGCAGCCAUGGUGCGGAUAUCCUUGAAUUCGAUCCCCUGUCAGACAAGGUCACCGUCUGCGGCCUGGGGCCGUUCGAGUUGAUCAGCAAUAAAUCUGAUGGCCGAAUGAAGACGUCAUUCUCUCCGCCGCAGGCACAGUCUCCCAUCACAGGGUCGCCCGUGAUAGAGGUCCUGUCUGAAUUAUCGGGGGUAGAUGCGCACUCUAUCGACCCCGACUCCACCAUCUACCACCUCGGUCUUGAUUCCAUCAGUGCCAUCAAGGCAUCUUCCAUGCUACGAAAACGAGGCUUCGAGGUCUCAGUCAGAGACCUACUAAAGGCGGGGUCGAUACGAGACAUUUUCCAUCGACCAAGUAAAGACAUCGCCCCUCCAGACAUGCCAUUUCAUUUUCUCCCCGGCAUUGAUCACGCUAAGCUAUGUCAAAUUGCCGGUGUGGGCGAGGCAGAGGUAGAAAUCGUUCUACCAGCUCUGCCAAUGCAAGUGUAUAUGCUCAGUGCCUGGCAGAAUACGGACGGUCUACUUUUCUUCUCUAGGUUUUACUACCGGUUACCUAGGGCCAUGAGCAGCGAAAAGAUUGCGAGCGCAUGGUCGAGGCUAGUUGAUGAAAAUCCGAUUCUUAGGACGUACUUCGCCUCCACGGGAUCCGUAAAUGUUCCCUUCGCCCAAAUUGUCGCGAAGCCCAAGACAAUCUAUGCCACGAAGGAGUUUCUCCACGAUGAAGGAAAAUCUGUUCGUCAGGUUUCCACCCCGUUUGCUUCAAUUCAAGUGGAGAUUGAGGCAGAAGAAACGUGCAUGCAACUAUACCUUCACCACGCUCUAUAUGACGGCGUCAGCCUACCAGUCAUGCUAAACCGUUUCAUGGAGCUUUGCGACGGCACGCCCACACCCCCCAUAGGUCUCAGAACGUCUACGUGGUACGAAUUUGUCUUGAAACACGCUUCUCCCUAUGUCCGUCAGCGGCGACAGCAGUUUUGGACCUCAUAUCUACAAAAGAUAAUCACGAUACGCCCACCCCCUCAAACAGAAUCUACACCGAACCCCGAAAUAAUCGCGCAACAUAGCUACCUCAAGAGAAAGGCUUUUAGCAACAUCUCGAGCCUUAAGAACAUAAGUUCAACCCACGGAACUACGCUUCAAGCCCUGUUCUUUGCGGCGUACGCCCGGGUCUAUGCAGAGUCACUACGCCGGGACGAUGCCUGUCAUGAUCGUGCGGAUGUUGUUUUCGGCGUCUAUCUCGCAAACCGAUCCAAUGUCAUCGGGCUUGAAGAAGCACCUCUUCCGACCCUUAACAUCGUCCCUCUCGUGGUUAGAAGACCGCUAGAUCGGCCAUUAGCUACGCUAGCUAUCGAGAUUCAGAAGGACCUCGUCGAAAUCAGUAGUUUCGACCAUGCUAGCGUAUACCUGUGGGAGAUUUUCGAUUGGACCGGAAUACAGGUAGAAACUAUUGUUAAUUUCCUGGCUCCUCAAGAUCUAAGCACCCCUCGCGCGAGUCUCGGUCCGAACAUGCUCGAGUCCACUGGGCCCGAGAGCACUACUCUGCCGCAGCAUCUCGCACAGCCAAACGCAGACUUCGUCUCCCAGAAUAAAGUGAAGCAAGCGUAUAUACAUACCUUAGAUAUCGAGGUGCAGGUUCGCGGGAAUACCGUGGACAUCGGCGCCUUUGGCCCCUCUCCACAUUUCUCGAAGUCGCAAAUUCGGGAUGUCGUCGAAAAUCUCGCCGCCGCCUUAGAGGCUGCCCAAUAAGCAUUACGAUCAGCCAGAUCCGCCUUAUUUUCUAGCAGCGUCUGUUCGCUUAUUAGACGGCGUUACUCCUGGGGUCGAAUGGUCUUAACUAGGCUGGUGGCAUUGCUUCCCGCAGCCGACGCAUCAGGCAGGUCUCAGUUGUCUAGUUUGGGUGCGCUUGCUCAGCUGGCUUGCCGUUGGUGGAAGCAUCCUAGGAGGUGGAUGACUUGAUCAUCGCCCUCUCUCUUCUACUUUUGGUAGGCCGCGGUAUAUAUAAGCGUACUGCGAAUAAAGAUGCAUAUGUCCCCUAGCGAUUAGCGGAAACGAUACGUAUAAAGUUCUAUAGAUAGAACGCAUCUAGUGAUACUGUAUCGACUUCAAUAUCAGUAAUGCAACUUGAA